AUGGAUGGCAAUGCCUCCGAACCGCGCCAGCACAUUGUGGAAAGGCCAUCCUUGGACCCGCCGCCUACAUAUACCAUCGAUGAUCCCACAACAAACCACCAAGCUCCCGCCACAUCCCCACAGAGCUUCACCCCGCGUUCACUUCUCGUCGGUCUUAUUAUCGGUGCCCUUAUCACAUUCUCAAAUACCUACUUUGGUUUGCAGACAGGAUGGAUCAGCACAAUGGCCAUGCCCUCGGCCUUGAUUGGCUUUUCGGUCUUCAAGGUUCUAACCAAGUACCUUUCUUUCCCCUUCACGCCAGUUGAGAAUGUCUUGAUACAGACGGUCGCUGGUGCAGUGGGAACGAUGCCACUUGGAUGCGGAUUUGUUGGCGUCAUCCCUGCUCUGGAGUUCCUGUUGAAGCCUGGCGAAGAUGGACCCAAAGGCGAUGGCGGAGAAGGCGAAGGAGGUCCUCUGAAACUCGGCUUCUGGAAGUUGGUUAUCUGGAGUCUGGGAGUCUGUCUCUUCGGUGUGGUAUUUGCGGUCCCACUACGAAAAGAGGUUAUCGUUCGAGAGAAGUUGCCGUUUCCGAGCGGUACCGCCUCGGCAUUGAUGCUCAAGGUCUUGCAUGGUUCUGGGAGCAACGAAAAGGUUAUAGCAACAGAGACUCCCCCUGUGGGAAUUUUGAGUACAGAGACUGGAGCAGCUCGUCGAUCGCAAGAAAACACAGGCCUCUUGAAGGUUGGCGAUGCUGAAGAUCAAGCUUCCAAGGAGCAAGAUUGGCGCUCGAAGAUGCGCAUCUUAGUUGGAUCGUUUACACUAUCGGGUACUCUUUUCUCCUACUUCGUCCCUCUAGUCCAUGCCAUCCCCCUAUUUGGCGCGGACAUGGCGAAAAACUGGCUGUGGACUCUUAACCCAUCGCCCGCGUAUAUUGGUCAGGGUAUCAUUAUGGGUCCAUCAACAUGCAUGCACAUGCUUUUCGGGGCAGCCUUGGGGUGGGGCGUCCUGUCACCGCUGGCUAAGUCCCACGGCUGGGCCCCCGGCCCGGUGAAUAACUGGGAAACCGGUAGCAAAGCAUGGAUUGUCUGGGUAUCACUAGCUAUCAUGCUUGCUGAUUCAAUUGUUAGUCUUGGGUGGCUGGUGCUCAAGCCCAUCAUAAAACACUCUCCAACAUGGAUGGCCCGGUUCCGAUCCACUCGCGUUGGUCAGUGGAUUGCGUUUCGACUGCAGUCUUCUCAGCACUCAUAUAUCAACUACUCCGCUUUGGAGUCAGAGUCUCAUCUUUUGCCUCAUGAAAAUGGUGACGCCCCCCAUACACAAAUGACUACAAGUGAAGAAGAAGAUGAAGAUGCACCGCCAUCUCAACUCAUUUCAACUCGCACAGUAGUGAUUCUGCUUCCCCUCACUCUGCUUUUAAAUGUCGUGUGCAUGCACUUUGCCUUCGGUGACAUCAUUUCCCCCGUUCUAUCAACAUUAGCGACUCUGCUGGCAGUGCUUCUCUCCAUUAUGGGUGUCAGGGCUCUUGGCGAGACCGACCUCAACCCAGUUUCAGGUAUCAGCAAGUUGACACAACUUCUCUUUUCACUCGCCACGCCAUCAUCCCAUUUCUCCAGACGCACCGCGCUAGUGACAAACCUACUCGCUGGUGCAGUCUCCGAGUCAGGAGCACUGCAAGCCGGUGAUAUGAUGCAAGACUUGAAGACCGGUCAUCUUCUUGGUGCAAGCCCCAAGGCCCAGUUUUAUGGCCAGAUAAUCGGUAGUCUUGUAGGUGCAGUUCUAUCAACUGCCGUAUACAAAUUGUACGUGAACGUCUACGAAGUCCCGGGCGAAAUGUUCCAGACACCUACCGCGUAUGUCUGGAUCUUCACUGCUCGCCUUGUGACUGGUCAAGGGCUACCCAAAAUGGCUGGACAAGUCUCUUUAAUUGCUGGUAUCGUGUGGGCAUUCCUUACCGCACUGAGGAUUGCAGCUGCGUCCCCUUCCUUUGCACGCAACGGGAAACCCCCCGCCUGGAGAGCUUGGAUCCCUGGCGGUAUUGCUGUUGCCGUUGGUAUUUUUAACGAGCCUUCAUUUACCCUGGCGAGAGCUAUUGGUGGUAUUAUUGCAUGGUGGUGGGCGCGCAGGCACUCACAGUCGACGGCCAACGAACAAGUGGCCGAUGGAGACGCCAAUAACAAUGGCUCUUCUACAGACACUGGGUUGCAGGCUGGGCAAUCAUCAACACCAACCCAGCAGGCAUCUGAAAAAGCAGAUGCUGCCUCCUCAACUGUCGUUGUCCUUGCCUCCGGCCUCAUUUUGGGCGAAGGUAUCAUGAGCAUUGUGAAUCUUCUUCUUGCAAGUGCAAACGUUCCACAUCUGAAGAGCGCAUGA